AUGGCUCGUGUGUUACAAUCUCUACGGCGCGUCCUAGGUUGGUCUGCGCCGUCGACUGCUCCUCGCGCUCGGUCCGUUGAUACCGAUUUCUCCAUCUUUCGAGAGGGCGAUCGGGCCGUGUUGCACACCAAGCAGCCUUCAUUGACGAAGCCAUUGACGAAAGGUAGCAAGACAAGUCUGCGCCGGGGACACGUGGAUCACGAUCGCAUCAUUGGGAGCCGGGUGAGGGAUGCUGUCCAGGCACACAAGGGUCCAGAGCUUCGAUUGAGCCUUCCAACGUUGGAAGAAUAUGUUGCCUUGACCCCUCGACAUGUGACGCCGAUCUACUCGCAUGAUGCAACCCUGAUCGUCUCCCUCCUCGACAUCCAUGUCAAUCCUCCAGCCGCGAACGAGAACCAACCUCCGCUAGAGAUUCUUGAGUCUGGAACGGGGCAUGGUUCCCUGACUUUACACCUGGCACGCGCCAUCCACGCGGCCAACACAACUCCACCUCCUCAACCCCGACGAUCUCAGAUUCAGUUCGUCGAAGACCGACUUCAACGACCCGGAGAGAAGGAUUCAGAAGACACACAGUCAGCCACGAGCGUUGACUCUACACAACGGGAAUGGGAUGCGUGGCGAGCACAGCGGGGCGCCAUCAUUCACUCCGUGGAUGUCUCGUCCAAGUUCUCAGCGCUAGCUGAGCAGAACGUACGGGGCUUCCGCCGCGGUAUAUACACCGGUGAUGUUGAUUUCUACGUUGGUCCGGUCGAGAAUUGGGUCGCCGAGCAGAAUAAACGUCGUGAAAAGACCGGUGUCCUGGCUUCGCUGACCGGUUCGCGCUCAGUUGAGCCCUACCUGUCUCACGUCAUCCUAGACAUGCCUUCCGCCCAUCUUCGGAUUCCUCACGUGGCUCCAAUCUUGAGACGAGAUGGUAUCCUGAUCGUGUUCAUGCCCAGCAUCACUCAGGUCGGUGAUUGUGUGAAGAUCAUGCGCCAGCAUCGACUGCCUUUCUUCCAAGAACGAGUCGUCGAGCUCGGCAUUGGAAUCAGUAGUGGCCGGCAAUGGGAUGUCCGUCUUGUGGCUAAGAAGUCCGGCGCUGACCCUUCAUCUUGGGGACCUUCUUCCGAGGUGGAUGAAGCUACUCCAGCUGAGUCUGAUGAGGCAGCCACAGAUAAUGCCAGCGAGGUCCUUCCUCCCGAGGAAUCGGGUAAAGAAGAUGACAUGGUCAUGAUAUGUCGCCCCAAAGUCGGCUUGCGCACAAUGGGCGGAGGCUUUGUUGGGGUUUGGCGACGCAUUGAAGAUCCACCUGCUAAGUGA